AUGGCGGCCCGCGCCCUGGGCGCGCGGCUGUGGGCCCCGGCGGGCGCGCUGGCCGCGCUGGCCUGCUGUCUGCGCGCGCGGCGGGCGGCCCCGGGCGAGCUGCGCCCCGAGGCGCGCGGCCACCUGGAGCUGAAGCAGGUGCAGGUGGUGUUCCGGCACGGCGCGCGGAGCCCGCUGCGGCAGCUGCCCGGCGCGGACCAGGUAGAGUGGAACCCCCAGCUAUUAGAGGUCCCACCCCAAACUCAGUUUGAUUACACCGUCACCGAUCUAGGUGGUGGCCCGAAACCACAUUCUCCUUACGACUCUCAGUACAGCAGGACUACCUUGAAGGGGGGCAUGUUGGCUGGGCAGCUGACCAAGGUGGGCAUGCAGCAGAUGUUUGCCCUGGGAGAGAGGCUGAGGAAGAACUAUGUCGAAGACGUCCCCUUCCUUUCGCCAACUUUCGACCCUCAGGAGGUCUUUGUUCGCUCCACCAACAUGCUUCGGAAUCUGGAGUCCACUCGAUGUUUGCUGGCUGGGCUUUUCCAACGUCAGAAAGAAGGACCUGUCGUCAUCCACACUGCUGAGGCAGACUCGGAAGUGUUGUACCCCAACUACCAAAGCUGCCAGAACCUGAGGACGAGGACCAGAGGCCGGAAGGAGGCUGCUACUUCCCAGCCACAGAUCUCAAAGGAUUUGAAAGAGGUGAAGGAAGGGAUGGGCCUCGACAGUAGCGUCGAAGUGGACUUCUUCAUUCUCUUAGACAAUGUGGCUGCUGAACAGGCACACAGCCUCUCGAGCUGCCCCACUCUGCAGAGAUUCGCCCAGGUGGUUGAGCAGAGGGCCGUGGACACGGCCUUGUACGUCCUACAGCUGGAAGACAGGGAAGGCCUUCAGAUGGCAGUGGGCCCCUUCCUGCACAUCCUGGAGAGCAGCCUGCUGACCGCGGUGGACCCUGCCACUCCGCCCAGCCAGAGGAGAAAGCUACACCUCUAUGCAACUCACGAUGUGACCCUCAUCCCUCUCUUAAUGACCCUGGGGAUUUUUGACCACAAGUGGCCCCCGUUUGCUGCCGACCUGACCGUGGAACUCUACCAGCACCAGCCAUCGAAGGAGUGGUUUGUGCAGCUCUAUUACAACGGGGAGGAGCAGGUGCCAAGAGGUUGCCCCGACAGACUCUGCCCGCUGGACCAGUUCUUGAAGGCCAUGUCAGCCUACACCUUAAGCCCAGAGAAAUAUCACGCCCUCUGCUCCCAGGCACAGGCCGUGGGGAGUGAGGAGUGACCGACUCGGACCAGUUGAUGUCUGAAUAAAAUG